AUGGAUCAUUCGCCUGUAGAAACCAGACGUGUUGGAGACGAAAAAGCAGCUACCAAAACGUCCAACGAAAACGCAGCCUCCAUCAGGACUCUGGAUGAGGAGACACGCGGUAAAUUGUACGAUUGUGAUGUCCAGCUGGUUGCCUAUCUCGAGACCGUGGAAACUGUGAAUUACACAAGUUUUGAUGAGCUUUUGAUUCGAUUUCAAGACUUGGAGCCGUAUUUGCGCUGCUACCGAGAAAUUGAUCAAUACUAUUACGGAGUUUAUUACCAAGAGGAACAUGUUGGAGUUGGAGAUAAAAAAGACAUUAAGGACAACGUCGCAGCUGGUGCGAGAGUCGAAGGUCACACUGUCGUACCCCGUACAGCCGAAGAGAUCCGCACGAGAUUGACAGAUGCACUAAAUUCCGGGUUGCCAACAGAGUGGGACGAAAAAGCUAGAGAAAGAUUUAGAAAGGAGAUUGU